AUGUCACUCCUUCCCGGACUUACUGAUUCUAAUCAAGCAACUGAUUUAUUUGUUGAUGCAAACGAAGUACAUAAACUGGUUUUAAAAGAGGAAACUGAAUGGAAAGUCGAAAUACCGUCUUCUUCUAAGUUAACCAUAACCAUAAGGUCAGGAAUAGCAGAAAUAUUCGGAACUGAAUUAGCCAAUGAUGUUGAGUAUACAUUUUCCAAUUGGAAAAUAUCAUUAUCCGCUGUGGAAAACGUCAUAUUAGAAUGGAAAUGUCCAGAUAUCCCCAAUAAAGACUUGAUGAUUGAGCCAAAUACAACUAGCAAAUAUGUGUACAAUUUACAUUUUGGUUUAGAGAAGAUGAGAAACUCGAGCUUUAAUGGGCCUAGAAUUCUUGUCGUUGGGAAUGCAAAUUCGGGAAAGACAACGCUCUGUAGAACAUUAUGCUCAUAUGCAAUCAAAUUCAAAUCGUAUCAACCUUUAUUCAUUAAUUUAAACCCUCAUGAAGGGAUCUUUUCACCACCUGGUUGCCUGACGGCAACUCCCAUUUCAGAUAUUCUAGAUGUUCAAUCACAGACGUGGGGCCAAAGUAUGACAAGUGGUGCCACUGAACUUCAUAGUAAACAACCCAUUGUUAAGAAUUUUGGAUUGGAGAAUAUAUCAGAGAACAGAUCUUUGUAUUGGGAUAAUAUGAACCAAUUGAGUAAUGCUGUGAACGAAAGAUUACAGAAUGAUGUUAUCGUCCAGAGAUCAGGAUGCAUCUUGAAUACACCAUCGUUAUCAGAUUUGGAUGAAGAAUUCAACGAACUUGUCACCAUUAUAGAUAGAUUUAAAGUUAACAUCGUGGUAGUCUUAGCAGAACAGGAUGAAUUUACAUUGUUUGAAAAGGUUAAGGAAACAUUGAGACCAUACAUUGGUGAUUUCCUCAUAAGGCUUCCAAAAUUAAGUGGGAGAUUUGAAGCAGAUGAUGCAUAUAAGAGGUCCUUACAACGGACUGCCAUUAAAGAAUACUUUUAUGGAACUCCUAAGACCAUAUUAAGCCCAUAUGCCUCAGGUGCAGAUUUUGAAGAGAUCACUGUAUGGAAGCCAAUAAACAUGGUAGAAGCGCAAGGAACAACAUCUACGUCAAAUCCAUUGCAAUUAUUACCAGUGACAGUCGAUGCCAGUACGCUACAACAUGCUCUCGUGGCAAUUUCUUAUGCAGACAGAAAAAGCUCUAGUUCUGAAGUCCAAAAGGCAUCGAUUCUGGGAUUUGGACUUAUUACAGAGGUUAAUGAGAAGAAAAGGAAAAUUAGAAUCUUGUUACCGGUUCCUGGUAGACUACCUAACAAGGCAAUGAUUUUAACAUCUUAUAGAUAUUUAGAAUGA